AUGGUUGAGCCUAAAAUUUUAUGGAACAAAACGUAUAUGAGAGAUUUGGUUGUUCUUGGAGGCUCAUCACAUCCGUUACUUACAAAAUCCAUAUGUCGAAAUCUAACAAUUGAACAAAGUAGACUAGAUUCAAGAAAAUUUUCAAAUGGUGAAACAUCAAUAGUUGUACAAGAUAGUGUUAGAGAAAAAGAUGUAUUUAUUGUUCAGAGUGGAUGUGGACAUGUUAAUGAUAAUUUCAUAGAAUUAUUGAUUACUAUAGCUGCAUGCAAGACGGCCAGUGCCAAAAGAGUCACUGCUGUAUUACCAUUAUUUCCAUAUUCUAGACAACCUGAUGUUCCAUUUUUACCAAAUACUACGGGAGCACCUAGUAUUACAACAAAAAAAGAUGAUUAUACUUUUGAAAGUGCCCCAAGUACCCCAAGACCAUUAUCAAGGGAAGGAACUAAACCUUUUGAUUUUAUCAAUGCCAAUAGUUCUAAUAUAAAUGCAAAUCCAGAAAUAUCAAAAUUUAAAACUAAUACUUUAAAAACUCCUCAACCAAUUAGGUAUACACCAAAAUCAAUAGUUACAAAUGCAUCAUCUACGAAUUUUUUACCAGAGAUUGAUGCACAAGGUAAAACUAAAAGUGGAUAUAAACAAUGGAUAGCUCAAAACGGUACACUUAUAGCGAACUUAUUAGCAACUGCUGGAGCAGAUAGAAUAAUUACUAUGGAUUUACAUGAUCCACAAUUCCAAGGCUUUUUUAAUAUACCAGUAGAUAAUUUAUAUUCAAGACCAAUACUAAAACAUUAUAUAACAGAUUAUAUUCCAAAUUAUCAAGAUUGUGUUAUAGUAAGUCCUGAUUCAGGUGGUGCUAAAAGAGCUACAUCAAUAGCUGAUUCAAUCGGAUGUUCAUUUGCUUUAAUUCAUAAGGAAAGAAGAGCUAAAGUAGCAAAAGGACCACCACUGACUUCAUCAUCAUCUUCAACACCAAAUAAUGCUUCGCAACAACAAUUACAACGUCAACAACAACAACAACCACAACUUCAUAAUCAAUUACAACAGCCGCCCAAAAUGGUUGCUACAACUAUGCUAGUAGGUGAUGUAAAAGAUAAAGUAUGUGUUUUAAUUGAUGAUUUAGUAGAUACUUCAUAUACAAUAACAAGAGCAGCAAAAUUAUUAAAAGAUCAAGGAGCUAAAUAUGUUUAUGCAUUAGUUACUCAUGGAAUAUUUAGUGGUGAUGCAAUAAAUAGAAUUAAUUUAAGUCAAAUUGAUAAAUUAGUUACAACAAAUUCUGUACCACAAAUUAAUAAUGUUGCUAUAUUAGGUGAUAGAAUGGAGGUAUUGGAUGUAAGUAGAAUAUUCGCUGAAGCUAUUAGAAGAAUUAAUAAUGGUGAAAGUGUUAGUAUGCUUUUUGAUCAUGGAUGGUGA